AUGACCGGUUCCCACGACUGGCAAGCCUCUCUCACAGCUUCCGAGCGUUAUGACAACAUCCAGAAAAUUCAGAUCAUCCUGUCAAACCAGAAGCUUGCCUCCGAGUACGAUGCUGCCUGCAACAGUCCGCUCUCUUCAGAACCUCAACAGCCAGAGCCUUUACCUUCGGAUUCGUAUUGCGCCAUCUCUAAAAGCGGCAAUGACGAUUCUGACGAGGAAGCUGGAGAGAGGAUAGGCCCGUACCGAAAUUGCCAAUACGUCGCCAGCGGCGUCACAGCCGAGGUCUAUCGCCACAAAGACCGUGCCCUCAAAGUAAUCACUGAGACCCACGGCAUUGAGCCUCACAAUCCCACCCGCGAGGCCAAGAUCCUCGCUCAGUUGAAGAAGCCAUGCAUACCACUUCUUGAGACCUUCCGCGACCACGAAGACCGCUUUACCCUCGUCUUCCCCUACAUGCCCUUGACCUUGUCCGCUCUCCUCGAGCGUGGGCCUCUCACCAAUACCCAAAUACGAUCGAUCUUCAAUGAUGUAUUCCACGCUCUGGCCGAUAUUCACGGUGAUGGCAUCAUACACCGCGACGUGAAGCCGCAGGCAAUUCUCCUCGAAUCGCCCGAUGGCCCGGCCUACCUUUCUGACUUCGGCACCGCGUGGCACCCAGAUCUGUCCAGCACCACGGAGCCCGCCGCUGCCAAGAUCCUCGACAUAGGUACUGGGCCUUACCGCGCGCCUGAGGUUCUCUUUGGGGACAAGUCCUAUGGUCCGCCAGUGGACAUGUGGGCUGCGGGUUGCAUGCUGGCGGAGUGCGUGCGGAGCCCGCCAAAGCCACUUUUUGAGUCUCGUGCCGUUCACGAGGAUGGCAACCAGUUGGGCCUGAUACUGAGCAUCUUCAAGACCAUCGGAACGCCAACGAUAGAGACUUGGCCUGAGGCUGCAAGCUUCAGGACGCCGCCUUUUGAAAUUUACCGGGUGUUUGAGGCGCAGCCAUGGGAGGCCAUACUGAGCGGCGUGGAUGAGGGCUGGAGAGACAUGAUUGCGGCGCUGGUGAGAUAUGAUUCGAAGAGAAUGACGGCACAACAAGCACUGGAGUGUCAAUACUUGAAAGGAGAUGCGGCUAUAUGA